AUGUUCUGCAGGUCUUUAUGCUUCUUCAGUCUGUGCCUUUUCCUUCCAACCAAAAGGAGGACCUCCCUGGCUCAGCUGCCCAGCCCGCGCGGCCGCGGCGCCACGUCCCUCGCCGGCUUCGAGAACCUCACCACGGGCUACAACAAGUACCUGCGGCCCUACUUUGGCGGAAAACCUGUUCAAAUUGCAAUGAGUCUGGACGUCGCGAGUAUUUCUAGUAUAUCCGAGAGUGACAUGGAUUACACGGCCACCAUCUGCCUGCGGCAGCACUGGACGGACCCCCGGCUGGUCUUUCAUGGCAACCAGAGCUUCACUCUGGACGCUCGCCUGGUGGAGCUGCUCUGGGUGCCCGACACCUACAUCGUGGAGUCCAAAAGAUCCUUCCUGCAUGAGGUGACGGUGGGGAACCGCCUCAUCAGGCUCUUCUCGAACGGCACCAUCCUGUACGCCCUCAGAAUUACUACUACUGUUGCUUGUAACAUGGACCUGUCAAAAUAUCCUAUGGACACACAAACGUGCAGAUUGCAGCUAGAAAGCUGGGGAUACGAUGAAAACGAUGUGACGUUCACGUGGCUGAGAGGGAAUGACUCCGUGCGGGGCAUGGAGAAGCUGCGUCUCUCCCAGUACACGGUGGAGCGUUACUACACCCUCGUCUCCAAGUCGCAGCAGGAAACAGGCAGUUACCCACGACUCAUCCUGCAGUUCGAGCUGAGAAGGAACGUCCUUUACUUCAUUUUGGAGACCUAUGUCCCCUCCACUCUGCUCGUCAUGUUGUCCUGGGUUUCUUUCUGGAUCACGCUGGAUUCGGUCCCUGCAAGAACCUGCAUUGGAGUGACAACGGUCCUUUCUAUGACAACUCUGAUGAUCGGCUCACGAAGUUCACUUUCCAAAACCAACUGUUUCAUUAAGGCUAUUGAUGUUUAUCUCGGCAUCUGCUUCAGCUUUGUCUUCGGGGCCCUUGUGGAAUAUGCAGUGGCUCAUUACAGCUCGUCACAAAAAUGUGCAGCUAAAGAACCUCCAGAGGGGCCUGCAAGUGAACUUGCUAAAGAAAUGGAAGAAGUCAACAUCACCAACAUCCUCAACAGCUCCAUCGCCAGCUAUAAACGGAAAAUCAGCUUUACCAGCAUUGAGAUUUCUAGUGAUAACAUCAACUGCAGUGACCUGACCAUGAAAACUCAUGAGAAAAUCAAAUUUGUCCUGAGAAACAAAAUGCACAGGAUUAUCAGUUAUUUCACUAUUCAGAACCCCAGCAACGUUGACCACUACUCUAAAUUGCUUUUCCCUCUGUUCUUCAUGUUGGUCAACGUGCUUUACUGGGCUUAUUAUCUCUAUUUUUAG